AUGGCCAUGCUGACCUCGCUGCGUCGCCUUGCCAGCAGCAGCAGAGGCCUGCGCCAGGCUCGGCCUCUGUGCAGCGGCAUAACGUACGGGGCCAGCGAUGCAGACGUGGAUGCGCUCAUUGAGGAGAGCCUGGACAAGACCGCCCAGCGCAAGCGAGAGGACGAGUCGCCCUUCCGCCUGCUGACCACCCGACGAGAGGCGCUAGCGCUGUACCGCGAAAUCUGGCGCAUUUCUGCCCUGUUUGACUGGCCUGAUGAGAAGGGGCGCCUCUGGCGGGACGUGCUGCGGGAGAGUGCACGCCAGGAGUUUGAGGCGGCGCGAUGUGAGGUUGACCCGGAAAUAGUCAACCGCCUGCUGGUGGUCGGGCGCGAUGCGAUGCACCAGGUGGCAGAAAGGUUCCUGGCCAAGCGGCGCAAGAUGCUGGAGGACCAGGACGCGGCGUGGCGGGCAGCAGGGCAACCCCCGGCCUUUCCGCCCUCUGGUAGCUUUGACAGAUGA